UGUAAGGCUUCGGUAAAAAAUGUUUAUUGAAAGAGCAAACUUGCCCAUAAUUUUAACAUUUUAUCGAUGGUUUAUGUAAAACUACAAUUGACAUUAUGGCGAAGUGCGAGUGCUCUACUAAAAUAAUUCCCGCAGUUUGCGCAUGGACGCUCUUACUUGGCACGACCGGUGUAUUUAUCGCUUUUGUGUCUCCCUAUCUCUAUUCAAUUAGCAUUGGGCUUCCGAUAUAUGUUGGACUGACAGCAAUAUUUGUGAUAGCAAACUUUGGAUUAGCCACUUUUAUGGACCCUGGUGUUUAUCCUAAAGCACAUGAAGAUGAAGUAAAGGAUGAUGAUUUCCGAGCACCACUGUACAAGAAUGUUGAAAUCAAAGGCAUCACAGUUCGCAUGAAGUGGUGUGCCACAUGUCAGUUCUACCGGCCACCAAGAUGUUCUCACUGUAGUGUCUGCAACACCUGUAUUGAGACGUUUGACCAUCACUGUCCAUGGGUGAACAACUGUAUAGGACGGCGUAACUACCGCUACUUUUUCCAGUUUUUACUCUCCCUUAGCAUACUGAUGGUCUCACUGUUCGCUCUCAGUCUAUUCUACGUCCUCAAACAUAAGGACUCGCUUUCUACCAUUCCCAGCAUUGUCAGUAUUGUGACAAUGUGCAUCAUAGGACUGCUUAUCAUCCCGGUGGGAGGGCUGACAUGCUUUCAUGUUGUCCUAGUUUCCCGGGGUAGAACCACAAAUGAACAAGUCACUGGGAAAUUUAAAGGUGGUCAUAAUCCUUUCACUCGUGGCUGCUCACAAAACUGCAGAUAUGCUCUCUGUGGACCAGUAUGGCCAAAAUUAAAAUCAUAUGUAAGAAAAACUAGAACAAUUCAGUUAGAUUCCACAAAAGUGACAUAUAUAGCAGCAGAUAAAGAAGUCAAGGUGUAUGCUGAUACUAGUAACGGAGUCAAACGGAAUAUGAAAAAUGAUCGUGAUGGAAUGCGCCUCUCACUCGUCGAAGAUUACGAUGACAACGUGGAUGAUGAUGCCACUCCGUCUCAGGAUAGCAUAAGCCUGGACAUUGCCACGAACCAACAACAGCAAUCAGCUUCUUACACAAAUCUUUUUGACACUUCGCAGCCCACGCCGGUCGGUGCAUCAUACCAACAUAGCCGUGCGAGCCCACAUACUAGUCGCAGUAAACAGCAGCAGUAUGAUCGGUCACAGAGACAUAGAGACACCCCUUCUGCUCUCUCAGUCCCACAGAAGGAUCCCCCACUCGCAAUUCCUGAAGAUUUUUCACCAAUAAAAGGCUCAAAACCAAGAACAGUAAUGAAUAGCCCUGGAGUGGGUAGACCAAAUGUUUCCAAACCACCAACAGGGCAUACAAGGCCAAUUGACUUUGACAGGGGGCAGAGGGCAGGUCAAGGUCAAGAUGCUCCUUACACUAAUAAAUACAAUGGGUAUCCAGUGAGGAGUGCUAGUGAAGAAAGAUUCAGGGAUAGUGAUAACAAUUACAGUAAUCAUCCUACCUCCAGAGGGCAUAACAGAUACCCUGAUAAAAUGACACGGAGAUCCCAUGAAUAUUUAGACCAUAGGGGUCCACAGUACAACCAGAGGGGAACAAGCAAAACUAUGCCCAGCCAAGGUAGGCAUGUGACUAACGCUGCCAGUGGGCAGCAGUAUUCAGACGCUGCUGAAAGUGAUGAUGCAGACUACAAACGGCCAAUGUCAUUUGUAAAAGCACUAGAAAUGAGCGAAGUUAUGCUCUCAGCUCGUGGUAAAGACUUCAGUGCUCCACAACAAAACUCGCAGCAACACAUUUCACAACAAGUCACAAAAGAAGAGAAAAAGAAAAGUGUGUAUGACUCUUCAUAUGAGAUUUCUGUUUAAUGGUUUUGUUAGCUCGUAAAUUUUAUGAAUAUAAACAAACAGGAGGUCUUGUGAUAGCCUUGUUGUCAUUAAUGUUGUUGUGCAAAAACUGCAAUCUUGGCCAUUACUCAAAAGCUAUUAAAGAUACUUAAAUGAAACUUGGUACACGUGUUGAGAAAUACAAUACACAUAUGUGAAGCAAGGCCCUUAAAUCCACCUUUGACCCCAUUUUCGACUGAAAAAAAGAACAACAGACUAGCAUUUGUGUUUGCUCCGCGACACUUUUGUUUGUCUUUUGUUAAUUUUCUAUGAGUCAUCAGCUUACUUCAAUGUCAUCAGAAUUCCUUUCUUUGUUUGUAAUAAUGUAUGUUUUAUUUAUCAUUCAUUAUCAUAUAUAUAUUUAAUAAUAAGAGUUCGAAGAAUAUUUUCAUAGCUUAAACAUUUUGACUGCCAUGAUUCAGAUGAAAGUAAAUUGUGAAUGUUUGCAUAAUUUAGAUUGAAUAUUUCAAAAUUAUCAUUCUUAUUUUCUGCCUUGGCACAGGGGCCAUUGUCAUACCAACCUGCAAGUUUGUAUGAAUGUUACCUACUUUAUAAUAAUUAUUGCCUGUUAUAUUGGCUUUUCUUGGAUUUGUAUUGUACUAAAUGUCAAAAGAAACAUUGGUGCAUCACAGUUAUUUUGACAAAAUAUUUGCCAAUUGGGACAACUUGGCCAUUUUCCACCGAAAACAGCCUCGGAUGUAUAUGGACGGUUUACAAUGUCAGAAUUCUUUACAUUUAACUACGCUGCAAGUAGAUUGUAAAGUAAUUUCAACUUAGCAGUUAAACUUAAGGACUUUACCCUUAGGAAUAUUAUUUAUGCAAUAAUACGUAUCACUGUGAAACAAUUAUGACAAAAUUGCUUCAAUUAAUUAAUAUUAUUAUUAUGCCCCCCUUCGAAGAAGAGGGGUAUAUUGCUUUGCACAGGCAUGUCGGUCAGUCGGUCGGUCCGUCGGUAGACCAAAGCUUGUCCGAGUGAUAACUCAACAAUUCCUGGACGUAUGGUCAUAAAACUUCACAUGAAGGUUGGGCCUGACCAGUAGAUGAACCCUAUUGAUUUUGGGGGUCAUCGGGUCAAAGGUCAAGGUCACAGUGACCUUUAAUGGUAUUUUUUUUUUAAAGCUUGUCCGAGUGAUAACUCAACAAUGCCUGCACCCAUGGCCCUCAAACUUGACAUGGAGGUUGGGCCUGACCAGUAGAUGACCCCUAUUGUUUUUGGGGAUCAUCAGGCUAAAGGUCAAGGUCACAGUGACCUUGAAUGGUAAAAGGUUGUCCGAGUGAUAACGUGACAAUGCCUGCACCCAUGGCCCUCACACUUGACUUGGAGGUUGGGCCUGACGAGUAGCUGACCCCUAUUGUUUUUUGGGCUCAAUGGGUCAAAGGUCAAGGUCACAGUGACCUUCAAUGGUAAAAGGUUGUUCGAGUGAUAACUCAACAAUGCCUGCACCCAUGGCCCUCAAACUUGACUUGGAGGUUGGGCCUGACCAGUCAAUGACCCCUAUUGUUUUUGGGGGUCAUUGGGCCAAAGGUCAAGGUCACAGUGACCUUGAAUGGUAAAAGGUUGUCCGAUUGAUAACUCAACAAUGCCUGCACCCAUGGCCCUCAAACUUGACUUGGAGAAUUGGCCUGACCGGAAGAUGACCCCUAUGGUUUUGGGGGUCAUCUGGUCAAAGGUCAAGGUCACAGUGACCUGGAAUGGUAAAAGGUUGUCCGAGUGAUAACUCAACAAUGCCUGCACCCAUGACCCUCAAACUUGACUUGGAGGUUGGGCCUGGCCAGAAGAUGGUCCCGAUUGAUUUAAGGGGUCAUUGGGCCAAAGGUCAAGGUCACAGUGACCUGGAUAGUAAAAGGUUGUCCGAGUGAUAACUUGACAAUGACUGCACCCAUGGCCUUUAAACUUGAUUUGGAGGUUGAGCCUGGCCAGAAGAUUGUCCCUAUUAAUUUUAGGGGUCAUUGGGCCAAAGGUCAAGGUCACAGUGACCUUGAAUGAUAAAAGGUUGUCCAAGUGAUAACUCAACAAUGCCUGUAUCCAUGGCCCUUAAACUUGACAUGGAGGUUGGGCCUGACCAGUAGAUGACCCCUAUUGAUUUUAGGGGUCAAAGGUCAUGGUCACAGUGAUCUUGAAAGCAAACUCGACAAUUCUUGAACCUAUGGUCAUCAAACUUGACAUGAAGGUUAGGCCUGCCCAGUAGAUGACCCCUAUUGACUUUGGGGGUCAUCAGGCCAAGGUCAAUGUCACAGUAACCUUUAAGCAAAAAGUUAUCAAAUCUUCCCCCACUGAUAUCUUAACAAUGCCUGAACCUAUGAUCAUUAAAUUUGACAUGGAUGUUAAGCCUGACCAGUAGAUCACCCUUAUUGAUUUUAGGAUUCAUAGAGCCAAAGGUCAAGGUCACAGUGAUCUUGAAUGGUAAAGGUUGUUCGAGUGAUAACUCAACAAUGCCUGAACCCAUGGCCUUCAAACUUGAAUUGGAGUUGCAUCUGACUUGUAGAUGACCCCUUAUGAUUUAAGGGGUCAUCGGGUCAAAGGUCAAGGUCACAGUGACCUUGAAUGAAAAAAACUUGUCUUGUGAUAACUUGACAAUGCCUGCACCCAUGGCCCUCAAACUUGACAUUUAGGUUUCAGGUGACCAGCUGAUGACUCUGGAUUUUGAGUUCAUAGAGUCAAAGGUCAUGACGGUCAUAUCACACUUUAUCCUCACACUUUAAUGGUCAUAAUCUUAAAACAGCAACAAAACAGCUGUCAUUUCGGUCCAUGCAUAUUUCAUUCAAUUGUCCAUAUAAUCCUGACAACAUGGCGCUCAGGGGGGGCAUAAUGUUUGACAAACAUCUCUUGUUAUUAUUAAAUUUAGGAACCUUUUCUACUAAUGCACCGGCAUACAUUCAAGGUUGUUUUUGAUGGAAAUCAGGUGAGGUGCUCGGAUUGAAUAUUUGCAUACUUUGUAAUAAUUAUAGUCUGCCAAAAGGGAGCUUUUUUGUUUUGGGGCAGCUUGUCCCUGUGGUUCUAAGCUUUUGGAGUAUACUCUUUAUUCAAAGUUCACACUUGAAAGAGUUUUGUUCUGAGAAAAAAAAAAUACUUGUAAAAGUUUUUGGUUUUCGUCCAAGUAUAUGGUGCUUCUACGUUAUUUUUUGUAACAUCUCAGCUUUUGAGAUUCAAUUUCCUAUUUUCAUCAAGGACAUGCUAGUUUGUGUCUAUAUUACCAAGCCUUCCAGUGUACUUGUUCUGGGUAUACAUUUGUUCUUGCAAUUAUUUAACUUUCAUUUUCCAUUUUCAAAAUUAAAUUCUAUUUGGUUUAGUUUUUGGAUAUGUUUUUUUUUUCAUUAAUUUGUGGCAUAAUGUCUAAAUGAAAUGAUAAAAUAAUUGCUUUAAAUCAGCUUUUAACAGGCACACCAUCCAAAACUGAUUACUCUAUGUCAAAGUCAAAAUGAACGUAUUUUAGACACUUGUUGUUGUUUACGGGAGUGGGAUUUGUAAAAAUAGUAACUUCUUAACUGGAAAUUUAAACCGAAAUGUUUUUGUAUCUUCGUUUUCUACUGGAUAUCUAGUCAGAUACUUAGUUGUUACCAUUCUGUUGACACAGCUUAGGUUAACCUUUCUCCCUUUACCAUUCAAAUGACAUGACUUAGUGUAAAUUAUAUGCUGUUACCGUUUAAAUGACAUGGCUUCGUUUUACCCACAUCUCCUUUUUUCUUUUUACUAUAAGAUAAAUUAGUGAAUUUUCAACUUGUGUUUAACAUUCAACUUACGGCAUAUUCACUGACCGAGAAAUCUGUCUGCAUUUUGUAAGUUUAAUGUUAUGACUAUAACCUAUAUCCUCAUAAAUCAUUCCACAGGAGUUCAUAUAAGUUCUGUGUUUGUUGACUAUGCUUUUUGUAUGGAUUUGCAAAAUUGUAAUGUAUUUUCUUGUCAUAGUUUCAGGGAACAUCCAUCUAUUCAAGUUUGGAUUUUUUGUACAAUAAUAAAAUUUCGUUGCUUGAUAGGUUCGUACUGAGCCGUGGAAAUUUCUAUUCUAAAACGUGAAGUACAAAAAAAAUGUGAUUGUUUGCUUCGAUUUCAGUUUAGUGCUGGUAAAUGUUUUUUAAUUGUUUAAAUAAAUAUAAAUGCACAAGUAAGUUACUUGUGUCAGAGCUGUUCAGCUGGAUCUACAAUAUACUUUAAUAAUGCUGAGUAAAUGACCUAUUUCUUGUAAAGCACCAUUAGCCUUUCUUUUCAUAUAAAUUAUAUUUUUAUAUUUUUUUGCAAUUUAGCUUGUCCAUAUUUCUAAAAACAAACCUGAAGGUAUUGUGAUAGCCUUGGCGUUGGCGUGAUGCUGUCAUGUUAUAUUUUGUAUAUAAUCGAUGUAGUGUUUGCCUGUCCCUUUGAUUUACAGUGUAGGUCUGUUCAAUGACAGUAAAAGUGUCAGUCUGUUUAAUGACAGUUAUAGUGACAGUCUGUUCAAUGACAGUUAGUGUAGGUCUGUUUAAUGACAGUUACAGUGUCGGUCUGUUUAAUGACAGUUACAGUGUCAGUCUGUUUAAUGACAGUUAUAGUGUUAGUCUGUUCAAUGACAGUUACAGUGUCGGUCUGUUUAAUGACAGUAACAGUGUCAGUCUGUUUAAUGACAGUUACAGUGUCGGUCUGUUUAAUGACAGUUACAGUGUCAGUCUGUUUAAUGACAGUUACAGUGUCGGUCUGUUUAAUGACAGUUACAGUGUCGGUCUGUUUAAUGACAGUUACAGUGUCGGUCUGUUUAAUGACAGUUACAGUGUCAGUCUGUUUAAUGACAGUUACAGUGUCAGUCUGUUUAAUGACAGUUACAGACUUGGCUGUGUUCACUCGAGUCUAUUCUAUUCACAGUAGGUUCUUAAGUUUCAGUAAUACUAGUAUGUGCUUGACUGAGUACUGACAAUCUUAUCACUGAAUGUAAGACAAACUAUUAUAGUAUCAAGUAUUUCUGCUUGAUAUUACAAUAGUGUCACAAAUUCUAUCCAAAAACUUACUUACAAAUUUAAAAUUAUUUGUAUUAUGUAUCUAUUCUCAGAAUUUGUCAAAUUAUACUACAGUGAAACUGCGGUCGUUUUAACAGGUGGUCGUUCGAGAACAGGCGGUCCCUUGAGGUCGUAGCUUAGUCCCAAACACUUUUCCUUCUAUUUUCAUAUAAAAUAUACCAACGCUGCAUCGAAACCUAAAUAAGUCAAGCACAAAUGCUUGUCCCAAAUAAACAAAUUAUGCACAAAACCUUAUCACUCCCUCAAGGUCAUAAUUCUACACUUUUUUCGCGAACACAUGUUUCAAAAUAAACAAACAAUGGCUACGUGUUAAAACUUUCACAAGUUGUAAGAAUUGCAAUGACAGUUGAAAGGAAGUUUGAUAAAGUAUGAAAAACCGUUUAUCUAUGUUUAUUAAUGACCACUAUUAGUUGAUAACGGCAUUUGAGAAGAUAAUUAUGAUUAUAAUAUCCACCAUAUUUCAAUGUUACUGAAAAUGUGCUUUUCUUAAAACUAAACUUUACUAUAUAUUCAUUUUUUGUUUUACUUUUACGGUAUAUGUUAGCCUUUCAACAGAUGAUUGAUUUCCACAAUGCAAUACAUAAUCGGUGUCGGAUGUAAUUUGGUUUGAAGACUUUAAACUUAAAAUACACUGAUAGACAACUCAUAACAGACUGGGAAAUUGAAUCAUGGGUCGUUCAAAACAUCAGUUCCUUCGAGGUUUUAGCUCGGACCCUUGCGUCCUCAAGUGAUUGCAGUUUUACUGUAUAAUAAUAAUUUGAAAAUGAUAAUUGAUAGGUUUGUUGAGUCAUAGUCUGUUAAUGUAUUUAACAAAAUGUAUUUAUAAUAGCUGAAAUGAAAUUAACUUACCAAUACCUUUUUUGAAUGAGAAAUUGUGGGUCAUUUUGUUGUAUAUAAUGCCUAGGAUAGGGUAAUGGCUUAGGAAGAGGUGACGAUUCAUUAUUUGAGUAACGUUUUGUUUCCAUUUUUUUUUUUCAUUUCUUAGAUAAAAGUAGCAGUUUUAUAGGCCUAGGUGUAAUAGGUAGUUUUUGUUUCAUGUAAAUGUUUAUCUUGCAUUGACAAUUCAGUUUCUUUGCUUUUAUAAAAAUGUUAUGUUAAUGUUUGAUUUUAUUAUGAAACACAUUUAAUAAUGUAAGUCUCACUUUGUGAUUAGUUACUCCAUGGUAAUAUGCCGUUGUCAUGUGACUUCUCUGAUCCUAUUGUACACCUUGUAUUUAAAACUGCUAAGUGUAUGUAUUGGUUAUAGAGCUUAUUCCAUUUCGUAUUUGUGUUAGUAAAUUGUAAACUCAUUUGUCAAUUAAUUGCAUUUUAACCAUUGAUUGUAAAUACUUUAAUUUCAAAACAUAUUUUUUUUAUUUAAAUAAUGUUGUAUUUUAAAUGUAUUUUGUUUUAAAUGUAUUUUUAAAGAAUAAAAAUAAAUGUGAUAACUAUAACUAUA